AUGUUUUUUACUUUUUUUAAGCACCUUUUUUUCUUCGUCGCAUCUGGCGUCAUAUCCUUUCUUUGUUCUUUUUUCUCUCUCUUCUUCCUCCUUCUUCGCUGUCUUCUUCUCUUUGCUUCCUUUUACUCUCUGUCUCAGCUCUUCUUGUCUCUGUGCAGUCGUGCCCUCCUGCUCUCCGUCCAAAUCUCCGCUUGCUUUCCUUCGUUGACUCUUCCGCUUCUUCUCUUUCAAGUUCUUCCUCUUCUCCUUUCUCGUCGUUUGCUCUCUCCUCUUCUACCUUCUGGUUUCUCUUCUUCUCUCUUCCUAGCUCUCUGCAUGCCUCGGCGUCUGCCGCUCCCACAAGCGUUCCGACAGCCGGCAGUUCAAAGACGCAUCGCUCUCUCUUCAGUCGAUCCGAAAUGA